CCGGAACCGGUCCUUUCGAGUCUUUGCGAGCCGCUGCCCGCGCCCCAUGAGGAAGAUGCUCACCGCGGUGUCUCGCGUGUUGUCCGGUGCUGCUCAGAAGCCGGCAAGCAGAGUGCUAGUGGCACCCCAUAACUUUGCAAAUGAGGCUACAUUUGAAAUUAAGAAAUGUGACCUUCACCGGCUGGAAGAGGGCCCUCCAGUGACCACAGUGCUCACCCGGGAGGAUGGGCUCAAAUACUGCAGGAUGAUGCAGACUGUGCGUCGAAUGGAGCUGAAGGCAGACCAGCUGUAUAAGCAGAAAAUUAUUCGUGGUUUCUGUCACCUGUGUGAUGGUCAGGAAGCCUGCUGUGUAGGCCCGGAGGCCGGUAUAAACCCCACAGACCAUCUCAUCACAACCUAUCGUGCUCACGGCUUCACCUUUACUCAGGGCCUUUCUGUCAGAGAGAUUCUUGCUGAACUAACAGGACGAAGAGGAGGCUGUGCUAAAGGGAAAGGAGGCUCAAUGCACAUGUACGCCAAGAACUUCUACGGGGGCAAUGGCAUCGUUGGAGCUCAGGUGCCCCUGGGAGCAGGGAUUGCCCUGGCUUGCAAGUAUAAUGGAAAAGACGAAGUCUGUUUGACAUUAUAUGGUGAUGGUGCUGCUAAUCAAGGUCAGAUAUUUGAAGCAUACAAUAUGGCAGCAUUAUGGAAAUUGCCUUGUAUUUUCAUCUGUGAGAAUAACCGAUAUGGAAUGGGAACGUCGUUGAGAGCAGCAGCCAGCACGGAUUACUACAAGAGAGGAGAUUUUAUUCCUGGGAUAAGGGUAGAUGGAAUGGAUAUCUUGUGUGUCCGAGAGGCAACAAAGUUUGCGGCUGCCCAUCGUAGAUCUGGGAAGGGGCCCAUCCUGAUGGAGCUGCAGACUUACUGUUACCAUGGACACAGUAUGAGUGACCCUGGAGUCAGUUACCGCACCCGAGAAGAAAUCCAGGAGGUAAGAAGUAAGAGUGACCCGAUUAUGCUUCUCAAGGAUAGAAUGGUGAACAGCAACCUUGCCAGUGUUGAAGAAUUGAAGGAAAUUGAUGUUGAAGUGAGGAAAGAAAUUGAGGAUGCUGCUCAGUUUGCCACAGCUGAUCCGGAGCCGCCUUUGGAGGAACUAGGAUACCACAUCUACAGCAGUGAUCCACCCUUUGAAGUGCGUGGUGCCAACCAAUGGAUCAAGUUCAAGUCUGUCAGUUAAUGGGAGACUGUAUUCAAUGGAUGUUUGUUGCCAACUGUAAAGAACUCUUUGUGCUUUCAAUUUUAAAGACAGGUAAUAUCCAGACAAAGUCUAUUGUAAAGUUUCAUUAAGACUAAUAUGUAAAUUAAAUAAAAGAGUAAUUGCAUGUA